GCUCCACUUUAUUUGAUCCUCCUUGUUGCUGUGUUUGUGUGUGUUGUUCCCGGCGUACAGCCUGUCCUCUCCGUUCUCAGGUAUAGUAUAACUGGCUCCCCACUAUUCCGCUGCGCUCAGGUCUCUCCAUGCUGUGACUGGGAUGUAUGUAUCUCUCACACUGCCCCAGCCGCCCCAGUGAUAAUGUUCUUAGUGUAUCAGAUAGAGGCCCAGCCAGCUGUCCACAGUCAUUCUCCCUUGACACACACAUACACACACAGACAUACACACGCCGGCGGUCAGAGUAACACAUUUCUCAUUGGCCUCCAGUGUAGCUGCGAGAUUAGGCUGUUAUGUGCUGGCGUGUGGGCCACAAAGCAGGGGUGGGGUUAAGGGGGAUCUAUGUGUGACUGUGUGUCUUUGUGGUUUUCAUAAUGGCUGCCUGUCUCAUCAGCAUGAGAGGGGAGGAACCAGAACUCCCAACUCGAGUUAAGAGACGUUUAGAUUAACUUGUCUGAGUGGGAUGUGGUCUCUCUGGGGGGUGUGGAGCAGUGGUGGUCUACCCUGAAGGCCUGUGAGCUUUUCAGCUUUUAGCGAAUGAUGUGCGCUACACAUACGCUUAGCUCCCUUCCUGUAUUAGCUCCUCAGGAUAUCUGAACCUGCUGCAGAGGUUAAGCAAUAUGGAGAUCACUUUCCUGUUAGGAGCAUUUUUUGGGGGGGUGUUUUACCGUGGGAGGGCACAUUCAGGGUGAUUUUUUUUUUCUCCCCCCCCCAAGGGAGGACUGGCAUAGCAUGUGAGUGUUAUGGGGAUUGCCUUGCAUCAUUGGCUGAUUAGGUGUGAGCUGUCAUAGGGGUGUCGUGUGCACCUUCCUACUCACGUUGCAGGGGCAGCCCUAUGGGGGGUGCCCUUCCAAGCCCCACUACCCCUGUCCAAACAAGAACAGUCCAUCCAAACACACACACACACCUAAUGGCCGGCUGGCAGGGAGGGUGCUGCUAAGGGCAACAAGUGUGUGUGCGUGUGUGUGUGUUAUUAGGUGUCUGCAGUUCUAAUAAAGGAAAGCGCUGCGUCCUUCACUGCCUCAUCAGAUGGCUUUACUCUGCUUUGUCUGCCUGUUUGAUUUCUGUCUGUGCGUCGGUCAGUCCCGCAGUGGAGCUGGAUGGCUUGCAGCCUCUGGAUCAUCUGGAGAAGAGCGCGUUCGGGAAGGACUUCAUCUGUGUUUUUCAAUUUUCCCAAGUGUUUUUUUGAGACUGAGUUCAUAGGAGAGUAAGAAACUUCAGAGGAUGUUUGCGUGUUUACUUGAGCUGGUGUAAAGUGUGUGUACAGUAUAUAAGUGAGAGAGAGAGAGAGUGAGAGUGUGUGUGUAUGGUGUUGCCCACGCCAUUGGAAAUGCUGGGGUGUCCAGCAAGGUUAUUUUUGGAUCAGUGACAGCGUGUCAAUGGCUGCAGAUGCGUCGCAAAGGAAGGCUCUGAGAUACCAACAGACCCUGCUGUACGGUGAGUACAGGGAGCAGCUGGGGAACUUUGCCAGACGGGAGGCUGCCCGCUUGCUGACAGAGAGACAAUGGAGGAGACAGGCAGGAGAGCACAGCACAGCCUCUGGCCGCAAAGGCCACGGCCGGCGGCAUCAUCAUCAUCAUCAUCAUCAUUACCCUGUGACCCUGGAGUCGCAUCACAGCCACGCCUCCUCUACCAAGAAGCCUCGUCCCUACUCCAAAUGCCAAGAUUGUUUGGCUCGUGUGCGGCGGUACAUAGUGACCAAGAUGGGGGAGGACUGGAUAUUCCUGGUCCUUCUGGGGCUGACUAUGGCUCUGGUCAGCUGGAGUAUGGACUACGCUAGUGCCAAGAGCCUGCAAGCCUAUAAGUGGAUGCAUGGGGAGCUUAAGGGCAAUGUGGCUCUCCAGUACCUCGCCUGGGUUACGUAUCCCAUGAUCCUUGUCAUGUUCGCCUCGCUCUUCUGUCACCUGGUUUCCCCACAGGCCAUCGGUUCUGGUAUCCCUGAGCUGAAAACCAUCCUUAGAGGUGUAGUCCUGAAGGAGUAUCUCACUCUUAAAGCCUUCGUAGCUAAAGUCAUUGGGCUGACUGCUGGCCUGGGCAGUGGGAUGCCAGUGGGCAAAGAGGGUCCAUUUGUCCACAUCGCCAGCAUCUGUGCUGCAGUGCUGAGUCGAUUCAUGUCCAUCUUCUCCGGAGUCUAUGAGAACCCUUAUGGUUACACAGAUAUACUGACUGUUGGCUGUGCCGUGGGGGUGGGAUGCUGUUUCGGCACUCCACUAGGAGGAGUGUUGUUCAGUAUUGAGGUCACGUCUACCUACUUUGCGGUGAGGAAUUACUGGCGGGGAUAUUUUGCUGCCACGUUCAGCGCCUUCAUAUUCAGGGUGCUCUCUGUUUGGAACAAGGAUGCUGUCACAAUCACAGCUCUCUUCAAAACUAACUUCAGGAUGGAUUUUCCCUUUGACCUGCAGGAGCUGCCUGCAUUUGCAAUAAUAGGGAUCUCAUGUGGCUUCUUGGGGGCAUUCUUCGUCUACCUGAACAGACAGGUGGUUCUCUUCAUGAGGAGACCGACAGCUCUCACACGCUUCCUAACCAAACAUCGAUUGAUCUAUCCAGGUGCAGUGACACUGAUCAUCGCCACCUUGACGUUUCCUCCUGGAUUUGGACAGUUUAUGGCUGGAGAGCUGAUGCCCAGAGAGUGUAUCAACUCUCUGUUUGAUAAUUUCACCUGGACCAAAAUCACAGCAUCUCCUCUUCCGUCCGGCCUGGGUCGCUCCUCUGCGUGGCUGCAUCCUCGUGUCAGCGUCUUCAUCAUCCUCCUCCUCUUCUUUGUCAUGAAGUUCUGGAUGUCAGCAGUUUCCACCACGAUGCCCAUCCCCUCGGGCGCCUUUAUGCCAGUGUUCAUAUUAGGAGCUGCUUUCGGUCGCCUCGUGGGGGAGAUCAUGGCCACUCUAUUCCCAAAUGGAAUCCUGUUUGAUGGGAUAGUCUACCGCAUCCUGCCAGGAGGUUACGCUGUCAUUGGAGCGGCCGCGAUGACGGGAGCUGUUACACACACAGUUUCCACAGCAGUAAUCUGCUUCGAGCUGACAGGUCAAAUUUCCCACAUCUUACCCAUGAUGGUGGCGGUCAUCCUAGCAAACAUGGUGGCCCAGGGUCUGCAGCCUUCCCUCUAUGACUCCAUCAUCCAGGUGAAGAAGCUGCCCUACCUGCCUGAGCUGGCCCUCGGGCACAUCAGCAAGUAUAACAUCUUUGUGGAAGACAUCAUGGUGCGCAAAGUGAAGUUCUUAUCUUCUCAAUCCACAUUUCGGGAAUUGAACAAUCUGCUAGAGACCACCACCUUGAAAACCAUCCCACUGGUCGACUCCAAAGAAUCCAUGAUUCUUCUUGGCUCCAUUGAGAGAACAGAGCUUCAGGCUGUCUUUGACUGGUGGCUUUCACCAGAGAGGCGAGUCUUUGAAAGAGGUCAGAGUUCACCGGGACAGGGCUCCAAAGUCAGCUGGGAGUCUUUCACCUUCGUGGAUGAGGAGGGUGGAGAGGAGAGUGCAGACAAGACCGCUCCUGUGCAGGAAGAAUGCAAUGGGCCAAUCCAGUCCCCCAAACCUCCAGAGGCCUCCACCAACCACACGGGCUCAGACAAGCGCAAGCUGCCAUCUGUCAGGAGGACCCUUCAGAGACUCUUCUCCUCCACGUCCUCAUCAGGCCAGACUGAAACUCAGGAUACCACGCCCCCCCCACUGACUGACACCAUGUCACCGGAGGAGAUCAAAGCCUGGGAGGAGGCAGAGCUGGACAAACCAGUCGAUAUGGAACAGAUACGUAUAGAUCCCUCCCCGUUUCAGCUGGUGGAAAGAACGUCUCUGCACAAGACCCACACUCUGUUCUCUCUGCUGGGACUCAGUCACGCCUAUGUCACCAGUAUUGGAAAGCUGGUGGGUGUCGUGGCACUGAAGGAGUUACAGAAGGCUAUAGAGGGUUCAACUCGUAGCGGGGUGAGGCUUCGUCCCCCUCUGGCCAGCUUCAGAGACGCCAGCAGAAAAACCAAGAAGCACCAGCCUCCCUCCUCCACCCCUUCCUCCCCCACUCGGGACAGAGACCUGUGGGGGGAGGGGAGCAGACAUGAGGGGGAGCUGGUGAGGAAGGAGUCCAAAGAGGAUUCCCGAGAGAAAGCGUCGUCUUCCAGAGCUGCUGGGUGCGAUACUGUUCCCUGCUCCCCCAGCAGCGUGGAGGGCACCAGCGGCAGCUCCGCCACUCCAAGAGCUGUCGAUGGUGCUCCUCAGGAGCCGGCGUCCCCUUCUACCUCCUCCCCUACCUCAGCCUCACCUCCCACCUCCCCUGUGUCACCCACCAGCCCUGUCCUCACGCUGUCCUCCCUGCAGGAGGACAGAGAGAGCGAGGAGUCAGAUGAACCCAUAUAGGAAGAUUGGGUUUAAGAGAGAAGACUUUUACCUUCUGAUUUCACUCCUUUUUCCCCAGAGACUGAGCUGCCGUCUGGGUGGAGGAGUCGGGCCGACCUGCAGCCCUCAUUCAGCUCUCGGCAAGCAGGGUGAGCUGGUGCACACAAAGCUCUUGAAACUUGUAGUACAGGAUAUUUUUUCUACUCUUACAACAAUCUCACUUUUUCACUCUUCAGAAUCUCAGGUGCCUUCCUGUGUCUUUUGAACUGCAGACGGACAAACACGUCCUGUCAUACAUAUCAAUAAUGUUCAAUCUCCAUCCAUAUUUUGGAAAUGUUGAAUGUAACUGUACAUCACAUGUAUCCAUGUCUGGUAAUUUCAUUAACCAGUUUUGAGAAAAAUUAACUGACAGCAAUGAAUUGUAUGAUAAUGAAAUUAUAUGUUGACUUAAUUAAUUUGACCUAGAGGUCAAAGAGAUCAUGCAUUUAAAGUUUACUGAUUGAAGUUAAUUUAAAAUUAUAACUUACAUUUAUCAUAUAUUUGCUGUAUGGUAAAUAUUCAAAUCACUUAUACCAGUCUGUAAUUUUUAAAGGUAUUAAAUAUUAAAUUUGUCCAGUAUCUUAUUUUGAUUAUGUACAACAAUAAAAAAUGAUGAUAAGAGGAAAA